CUCAUGUUCAUAUUAAAUGAAAGUAAAAGUUUGAAGCAGUCUUUUCUCAGGAUGGCAUGUAGCAAACAAACUGGAGAUUAUAUGGAGGAAUUUAUUUGUUCAGUUUGCCUUGAAGUGUUAAAUGUUCCAGUGAUGCUGGAGUGUGGACAUAAUUUCUGCAGGGCAUGUAUUGACAGAGUCUGGUACAGUGAGAAACAGCCUGCUUGUCCUGAGUGUAGACAGGAGUGCUCUACCAGAAAGUAUACUGUGAACCGACUGUUAGCAAGUUUAAUUCAAAGGGUGUUGACACAAGGACCAGAUUCCAGGCAGAAAGCAGUGACUCCAGAAUCUGUGCCUGAAGCAUUGUUUUCAGAGCAUUCACAUAAAACAGGUGGACCAGACUCACAGCUGAAAGACCAUAAUCAGCUCUGUAUUGAGCAUGAAGAAAGUCUGAAGCUGUUCUGUGAAGAUGAUGAAAGUUUAGUCUGUUUAUUGUGUGUUCCUGAACAUCGUGGCCACAAGUUUAUGACUGUGCAGAAAGCAAUAAGUAUGUACAAGGAUGUGCUGACAAUGUCCUUGGGUCAUCUGCAGUCAGGUCUAAAACACUUUAAAGACAUAAAGUACCAGCAAGAAAUAAAGAUAUUGAAAGUCAAAGACAAUGCCCAAAGUUUACAAUGGCAUAUAAUAUCAGAAUUUGCCAAGCUUCACCGCUUUCUCCAGGAGAAAGAAAAAAAAAUAUUCCAACAACUGAAGGAGGAAGAAAUGGGAAUUCUGAGACAGAUGGAGGAAAACCUGAAAAAAAUUAAAAACAGAAUCAAUUCCAUUGAGGAGUCCAUUCCACAUAUUCAGCUACAGCUUCAGCAACAGGAUGCGGUGACUUUUCUAAAGGAAAUCAAGUCCUUUCCAGAGAGAUUUACAAAAGAACAGAAAAAGGGUGAUGGUGAAAUUGUUGUGGCCCACAGUCUUAACUUGGGACCGUACAAAGGUCCUCUGCAGUACGGUGUAUGGAAAGAAAUGAAAUCCAUCCUUAAUCUUGAUUUCGUUAAGCUUUCCUUGGACCCUAACACUGCGCAUAAUAAUCUUAUUCUGUCUGAGAAUCUGACCAGUGUGACAUAUGGUGAUGUUAACCAGAACCUCCCUGACAAACCUGAGAGAUUUAAUCCUUAUGUCUUUGUUAUGGGAUCAGAGGGGUUCAUAUCGGGGAGGCAUUACUGGGAGGUGGAAGUGGGGAACAAGACUGAAUGGUAUGUGGCUGUUGCCAGAGAGUCCGUUAACAGAAAGGGACAAGUUGGAGUGAGCCCUGAAAAUGGAUACUGGACUAUUUGUCUGAGGAAAGAGAAUGUGUACAAGGCACUAGACACACCGGUGAAGAUUCUCAGCCUGAGUGUGAAACCCCAGCGGAUUGGUGUAUACCUAGAUUAUGAGGGUGGACAGGUGUCAUUUUAUAAUGCUGAAAAUAUGUUCCACAUCUACACCUUCACUGACAACUUCAAGGAUAGACUCUUCCCUCUCUUCAGCCCUUGUCAUAAUAAUAGAGGCAACAAUGCAGAGCCCUUGAAACUUAUUCAUUUAAAAUUAUAAUUCUGACUGGAAACCUGACAGAUGUGAGAAUUCUUUUUAAAACAUAUUCAAUGAGUGACAAUAUGACUACAGUAUACAAACAGUAACAAACUUCAGGAUAAUGAAGUGUGAAGGGUAACUACCUUUGGCAGCAUUCCUAUGAAAUUAAUGGCACUGUUUUAGUAUUUUACAUUGAUGAGGUUUACAUGGUUUUUGUAACUUUUGUGAUGUUUUAAUGAAGAUUAGAUCUUGAAUUAAAGAUUUCUACAGUAUCAGUACUGUUAGGAAUUAAUAUCAGAGCUGCAAAACAAGCUUCACUUUUCAUACUUCCUCUUCUUGCAAAAUUAUCAAGAAAACAAAACGUGCAAGCAAACCAUGGUUUUAAUCUAUCACUGUUUUUGUCUUUUGACUUUAUAAUGCUUAAACUCUGCAAGCCAAGCCUUAUUUGUCUUUCACUCCUGUAUUUUCUGUGCCUCAGUUCAUAGAAAGACAUUUAUUUACAAAUGUAUACAAUAUUUUUCCUGAUUAAGGCUCUUCAAGUGAUCAUAUUUAUAACCAGUGUAAAUCAGUUAAAUUGAGUACAAGGAGGUAUCUUCCUUUAUUUCCCUUUGAUGUCUUAACUUAGUCAACAAUUAAUGAGAUUGAUCAUAUGUCGAGAAUGAGCAUCAUCUCUGAACAGCUGUUUCAUCAAUGAAAGGCAUUUCUCUCUCACUCUCUAUUUUUAAUUUGCUUUUGGAGUUCGGAGUGGGUAAUUUAUUUGAGUUUUAUGUUUUGCAAUGUGAAUAAUGUCUAAAAUCAAUAAAGGUUGUUUAUUUAAAAAUA